UCUUGUGUCUCCCUUUGGUACACAUUGCAUGACUCAUGGCCUCAGAUCCUCCGACAUGCUGGCGAUGCUACCUCCUGCAAACUUGUGUGCUCGGUUGAAGGACAUCUAUUUUGAGUCUUUCUCUCCUCUGUUUCACGUCUUGCAUGAUCCAACAUUCCAUCGGCAAUUCGUCGAGUUCGAACAGAAUCCAGAGUCUGUGCCCCUGGCAUGGCUUGCGCUGCUUUUUGCCAUUAUUAGCACCGCUUUGAGUGCCUGCGAUGCAAAUAGUGCAUUUUUGAACGAUCUGAGCAGACAACCAACCGUCUCUGCAAAGAUUCGUGACCUUUCUGAGAGGUAUAGGGCAAGCGCCAUGCGGUGUCUUGAGAUGGACAACUACCUUUGGCGCCACAACAUGACGACCCUGCAGGCUCUCAUCAUCCUGAUCUACAGUAUAAAUCACAGCCAUGGCCAAUCCUGGACGCUGCUUGGUUCUACGUACCACAUGGCUCUCUCGCUUGGUUGCCACAUAGACCCUUCGAGUUUUAAGCUCAAUCUCGUGGAAUGUGAGGAGCGACGCAGGUGUUGGGCUUGCGUCAUGAUGCUUUGUACGCUGCAAAACACAUCUAUGAGGAACUUGGCACCUCACUACAAUAGUUCUUACUAUUCCGUGCGUAUGCCAGCAGAUGUCAACGACUUCGAUUUGACGCCAGAGUCAACAGCCUUACCUAUACACACUGGACGUGCGACUCAAAUGUCCUAUCUGCUUCUUAAAUUCCGCCUCUACGAUAUAGGGAGCAGAAUCUGCUCUCGAGUGUUAAACUCUACCAACAUCGAUACCAAAGCCAUAGCUGAACUCGACAAGGCUCUAAUCCAUGAGCGAGAUCUGUGGAGCUCUAUAUAUCUUUAUCACUCUCGACAAGAUGAGCUCUCUUCGUACCACAAGAUACAUCUCAAGAUCUUGCAUAGCUUCUCGCAUCAGCUUGCGUUAUUGCUCCACCGACGAAUACUUAUCAUUGAGAGCGCACGUGCCUUACUAGAGAUACACUCGUCUUUGCACAACAACCCGGAAUUUGGACCUUUCCAAUGGUAUAAUCGAGGCUUAGGGUGUUUCCAUACAUUCCACGCUGCCGUAGUCCUGAUUGCUACAAUAUCCGAAGCUAGCGAACCGGAUCCAGAUUUGCCAGACAGCAUUCGUUUGCUAAGGGAGUGCGUCGAGCGAUUCGAAAAUUUAGCAGAUUUGAUUUUGGUGUGUCAGCGUGCAGCACCGAUACUCCGUCGACUACUACGCCGACUUUUGAUUCAUAGUGUUGGGCUUGGGCUCGCAAUGAAUACCGAUCAGUUUGUCGAAGUGUCGCAAAUGCAGAUUGGGUACGUGACUGAUGCGACCGCUCGCGAUUCGAAUCUCGCGGCGGACGAUGAGACUGGCAAUCUGGACCAGAUCUUCGAUCAUCUUGAUCCUCAACAAUGGCUAACACCAUCGGCGGUUUCCUGGGGACAUUGGGAUUUACCUUUGAAUGAUGCU